GAACUAGCGAGCGAGAGUAUAGUGUAUAGUAUGGUUAAGAUUGAUGCGUUCUACAUAGCAAACAUACCGAUGUUGUUAUGGAUCGAAAGUUAAAGUGUUUGCUGAGAUAAACGAUUGACAAAUAUUUUAUAAUAACGAUGUUUUAUCAGUUUGAAAUACUAUACGCUAUAACGUGAGUGUUGGUGUUGUGCAGACUCUUUCAAUAUAGAAGAAAAAAAAAACGUUUAUUAAAAGUGAACGUUACGACCAUGGCAAUGAAAGAAUGGGUCAGAAGGAUGCAGCCUUUCCAGCUUUACGUGGUACUUGGUCUAACAAUGGCCUUCUUUUUGGUUGAACUAAUUAUCAGUCACCUCACGCAUGCCCUAACGCUUCUAAUGGAUUCUUACCACACGCUGUGCAACAUUAUGGCAUUGGGUGGUUGUAUACUCACCAUAAAGUACGCAAAAAACGAACCAAUGCCUAAUUUAAGAAGAGAAACAAGCAUUGACGAUACAAUCGGCGAGGAACUGACAUCUAAUCCAUUAAAAUGCCAAGACAAGAAGAAAACUAAGACUUCCAUAAUCAGAUCAAAUCAAGAAAAAAAAUUGAAAAAUACUUUCGGUUGGGCCAGAACUGAUGUUAUUUUUAUGUUAAUUUGUUGUGUGUUUCUAGCUUCGUUAAGUUUUUCAAUUUUAGUGGAGUCUGUACAAACAUUGAUACAUAUUGAUCAUCACGAUGAGAUGCACCAUCCUAUAUCGGUCUUAUGUUUAGGAGCUGCAGGCUUACUACUGAACGGAGUGACUUAUCUUCUAAUCGGAGGAUAUACUUUUCAUCAAGGUAGUUUCCUUUAUGUAACGAAGAGUGGAGAUGUUGUUUUGAGCAAAGUUGUAAUUGACCAAUCUUUAAAACAAGGUGCAAGAAGACUGUCUAGAAGUAAGACUAUUAAUCAAACGGUUGUUCCUCAAAGAGAAAGACAAGGGCUGUGGGAGAUGACCAGAGAUAUUAACGGUUGUAUUUUAGUAAUAAUAUGUGCGCUGAUAGUAUAUUUUAUUGAUAAAGACACUGCCAAAUAUAUUGAUCCUAUUAUGGCUUUAAUAUCAUGUGGGUUUAUCAUGAUUUUAAGUUAUCCAUACAACUCGCUAAAAAUAGAGCUGCUAAAUCAUUUUCCUGAUAUUGUUAAUAUACACGAUUUUCAUAUAUGGCAAUUAACUGCGUCUAAAGUCAUAUCAACGGUGCAUAUAAUUUUUCAAAAUCCCAAAGUUUAUAAGGAACUAAUAGAAGAAGUUAAAGAAUUUUUCCUAGACAGUGGUAUUACUCAGGUUACAAUACAACCUGAGUUUUUUAAGAAGAAUGUGAGCAUGGAAAGUAUUAGUUCGAAGUAUACUCCAAACUGUUUAGUGUCUUGCAUUGGGGAAGGUUGUAAACAAAAUCACUGUUGUCCAAAUUAUGAGGUUUCAAAUAUAACUAAGACAUCUUCAAAAGAAAUUUUAACUGGCAACCAAGUGACAGCUGUAAACUCUGUAAAAAUUACCAACGAAGAACUCUCAUCCAGUGUUUCCAGUAAUCUUCAAAACUUAGAAAGCUAUAAUAAAGUGCAGAAAAAUGACGAGGCAGAGACAGCAAAUGGCACUAUAGAUAACAUUGAUCCACCUUCAUAUAUUGAAUCGCAAAAGUAUUUAAGCGUUCAUUCUCUCAAAAGCGAUGAAAUUGAAAUUAAAACUAGCACUAUUAAUAUAAAUGACAACAACAAAUCUGUUGUAGCAGAAACAAAUAUGAAUUUAAAUAGAAUAAGUGAGGUUGAAAACAAAGAUUAGGAAUAAUUUUAGCAAAUUUUGAUUUUUCACCAAUUUAAUGGUGAAAAUGUCUCAAAUAUUGAAGAUAUUAAAUAAUAGUAUAAUGGGCUUGGAAAAUUGAACAAAAGUAUAUUACUUUUUUAUCAACAAUAAUUGCAACUUAAUUUUACAAGGACAAUGGGAUUAAUUUCAAGUCGAUACGAUUAGUAUUAUCGAACUUAUAGGAUUAACACGUUAACUGCCGCGGCGCGCCGUCUCGGUCAAUAUGAUCGAGAAAUAUUUCGGAACAAUUACUAACUGAGACAGAUUUUCGAGUUUUUUCGAGAUUUUCAUUGUAGAGGUGAUGAAUAUUUGAAAAUCUCUUCCGUGGAAAUUCAUUUCUUGCGCAUCAUGGCCCAAAAAAUGAAAACUUUGAACUUAUAUGAAACUAGCCUCGGAACCCGAGUAAAUUGCAAUAAAAAACGCGCCAGCAAUGAAUGUGUUAAAUGCUAGAUAAUCCAACUAAAUUAAAGUUAGAUGACGCCUCUUUCUAUAAAAAAAAAACAAUCUAAAUGACAUUUCCAAGCUCAUUAUAAACAUACAGAGUACCACAUAUCAUCGGAACUUCUUUAUUAAAUUAAAGUUGUUUAUCGUUCUAAUUUUAAUUUUGUAAAUAUUUUAAGAAAUAAGGACCUUUAUUAGCCUUUAAUUUUAUUACAAAGUGACGAUCAAAAAUAUAAAUUAGUAUUUUUAUAAAAAUCGAAUAAUUUUCGCAAACACAUCUUAAUUAUUGAUUGAUUUUUAACUACGGAUUUAUUCUACAAACUGUCAAUAAGGCUGUGCUAACAUAGAAUAGUUUUACAUCAUACCUAGUUGUUAGGUUCUUUUACCACUGUGAUUUAUAUUGUACAAUUUGUGACAGAUUUGUUUAAACAAUGUUUAGACAAAUAAAAAAUUAAAUAAAACAUCCAACAUAUAAAAUUAUUUUAUUUUAGACCUCGAAUCAUUAUUUCACAAGUUUUACUAUCUUUUUGAAACUGUUAAACUCACUGCUACACACGAUUUUCCAUUAUCGUGAUCGAUGUUCAAUUUCAACUCGGUUAAUCCUGCUGCCAUACUGAGUUGAUUUUUAAAUUUUGCAAUGCUUAUACUUUUAUUUCCGGUGGCGCAGAAUUUUUUCUGAAAUAA